UGUUUCUGUUUUAUUGAGUCUUGACUAAUGACAGCUAGAAACUGUCAAGCCAUAUUGCCUGUGUCAACCGGAUAUUUUGCACCAUUAGUAGUAGUAAUUAUAAGGGUUUUUGUGGUUGUGUAUUUGUACCUUUUUUCAUUGCUUCUUUAAUUUUGGUUGGUGAAAUUCAAGGUCAUAUCAUAACUUUCAUUUUUAUGACCUGAAUCUCAUCAGUGAGAUGAGUUAAUAUAUAGUGGCUUUUUGUUGUGAAAGUUUUAAGGAGUUUUACAUUUGGGUUUUGUAGUGGUUGAAGAAAUUUGAGGAAAGGGUUUGUUUUCUUGGAUUUACAUUUGAUGAGUUUAGGGGGUUUCUUUGGUAGUGGUGGUAAUGGUGGUGGUGGUGGUGAUGCUGGCCUUAUGUUUGAUAAUUUGUACAUUAACAACUACAUGACCAUUCCUCAGCAUCACUUGCUUAGUCCACCUAUUGUUCAGUCUGUUUUCAACACUUCAGCACUGUCUCAUGCACUUAAACCCAAGAUGGAGGGAGUUGAUGAGAUGGGCCUGAUUGGUGGAAAUCAUGAGUCUGGUGCAAUGAUAGAGGCUAGGGAAGAGGAGUCGGAGAACAAAUCUGGCAGUGAACAUAUGGAAGCUGCAUCAGGUGAUGAACAGGAAAGGCCAAGGGGUUCCAAGAGAAAGAAGAAGUACCACAGACAUACUCCAUAUCAAAUUCAAGAACUUGAAGGUUCAUUCAAGGAGAAUCCCCAUCCGGAUGAGAAACAAAGGUUGGAACUUGGGAGGAGGUUGAACUUAGAAAACAAGCAAGUCAAGUUCUGGUUUCAGAAUAGGAGAACACAAAUGAAGACUCAACUGGAGCGCCAUGAGAAUUUGAUUCUGAAACAAGAGAAUGAUAAGCUCCAAAUAGAGAACAUUGCUAUCAAGGAAGCCAUGAGAAAUCCGAUUUGUGGCGGGUGUGGUGGAGGAGCAAUACUUGGGGAGAUAUCUUUUGAGGAGAAUCAUCUCCGAAUCGAAAAUGCGAGGUUGAAAGAUGAACUCAAUCGCAUCAGUGUCCUGACUAGCAAAUUCUUGGGAAGACCUUUGUCGCCGUUAGCUGGUCCCUUCGCUCCUGCAGCUUCCAACUCCAACUUGGAACUUGCAGUAGGAAGAAAUGGUUUUGGUGACUUGAAUCCUGGAGAGGCAGUGAUGCCAAUGGGAUUUAAUUUUGGCGCUGGCUAUCCAAAUACUAUGCGUGCAUCGACUUCAACCAGACCACCAGUCGGCAUGACUGGUCUUAAUACACCAUUUGAGAAAUCUUUGCUUCUUGAACUUGCUACGAAUGCAAUGAAUGAGUUACUGAAGCUGACUCAGACUGAUAAUCCACUCUGGUUCAAAAGUUCGGAUGGAAGUGGUGAAUUCCUGAAUUUGGAGGAGUACACAAGGAUGAUUAGCCCUUGCAUUGACAAGACAUCUGGUCUGAGGACUGAGGGUACCAGGGCCACUGGUUUGUCAACCCUCAACAGCGUGGCUUUUGUAGAGAUGAUGAUGGAUGCAAAUCGUUGGGGUGAAAUGUUUACUGGCAUGAUUGGGAACAGCUAUACUCUUGAUGUGAUCUCCAGUGGGAUGGGUGGCUCUACAAAUGGUGCCUUGCAAGUGAUGCAUGCUGAAAUUCAAGUCAUUUCACCAUUGGUCCCCACUCGUCAAGUGAGGUUUCUUCGAUUCUGCAAGCAACAUGGAGAUGGAGUUUGGGCUGUCGUUGACGUUUCUAUUGAUGCCAUUCAAGGUGUCCCAAAUGCACAAACAUCCAUGCACUGCAAGAGGCUUCCUUCUGGAUGCGUGGUGCAAGAUAUGCCUAAUGGUUAUUCUAAGAUUAUUUGGGUUGAACAGGCUGAAUACGAUGAAAGUUCAAUCCACCGCCUUUACCGUCCUUUAUUAAGGUCUGGUAUGGGUUUUGGUGCCCAAAAGUGGGUUGCAACCCUUCAAAGGCAAUCGGAGUUUUUGGCAACCGUCAUGCCAUCUGCGGGACUUCAUGAAGAUCAUUCAGCAGUUAUGGCACCUACUGGUCGCGCAAGCAUGGCAAAGCUUGCACAAAGGAUGACUCGUAACUUCUGUGCUGGAGUUUGUGCAACAGUUCACAAUUGGGAGGUUGUCCAAGUAGGGAAUGUUGGUGAAGGUGCAAGGUUAAUGAUGCGGAAAAAUGUUCACAGCCUGGGAGAGCCCUCUGGAAUUGUUUUAAGUGCUACGUUAUCUGUUUGGAUGCCUGUAAAACAGCAGCAAUUGUUUGAUUUGCUGCAAAAUGAAGACAUGAGGAGCCGGUGGGACCUUCUGUCCCACGGAGGUCCAAUGCAGCAGAUGGCCUGCAUUGCCAAGGGCCAAGAUUUUGGAAACAAAAUCUCUCUUUUGAGUGCUAAGGCGAUGGGCGAUAAUUCCAACCAGAGUAAUGUGCUAAUACUUCAAGAGACAUCUAACGAUGCGUUUGGAUCGUUGAUAGUUUCAACAGCUGUUGACAUGGCAUCGAUGAAUGUCGUGAUGAAUGGGGGAGAGUCUGCAUGUAUAGCUAUCCUUCCAUCCGGGUUUGCAAUAGUUCCAGAUUGCUUCGACUCUGCAGGACCUAGCAGCUCCCUUGAAAUGAUGGGAAAAGAAAGUGGUUGUGAUGGUGUUGGUGGUGGCUGUCUUCUAACUGUCGGUUUCCAGAUAAUGAUCAAUGACUUCCCUGCAUCAAAGCUAACAGCCGAGUCAGUUGAAAAUGUGAACAAUCUUAUAUCUCGUACAAUUCACGGGAUCAAAGAGGCAUUGCAUUGCAACUAAUAAGGGGGCUGAGUAAGUGAAAUGUAGACAUUAUAUUAGUUAUUGUGUACCGCUUAAGUUCAGAGUAAGCAGGAAAGGGUUUCUUAGUCAAGAACGAACCGUGGUAAUUUGAUCUGUUGUCCGUCAAGUACUAGAGGAUGAUUUUGAAUGACUUUUUCUUCAGGGGUAAUUUUAAACUUGAUUUGGAACUUGGAAUGGUGGUUCGGGUAUUGACUUGGUUCACCAUGAGAUGAAUUAGCUCUCACUGGUUUGUGUUUUGUUUAUUGUGUCCUGUUUCAUUGAACCGCUCAAAGUUUAUUGCUUGUGAGAUUGAUUAAAUUGUUUUAAUCCUCCAUUUGAGUUGGAUUUCUGUUGUUUUAAUAUCUCGCGAAAUUUAUCAAUCCACUUG